ACUACCUGUCUUUUGGAAGUUUCAAACACGGAAGUUUUUAGGACUAUGACGGCUGAUUUUACUAGUCCCACCGAUGGUAUGUGCAGUAGAUUGGCAUGUGUUGUUUCCUUAUUUAGACCGACAUAAGCAAGAAGAGAAAAAGCUGUUCAGCCAGUGAGCGUAAAAACAGCUCUUUUAGGACGCCAGGAACCAGGUUCCAGCGGGAGUCCGACCCAAUGGCAUCCGCCGGACAGAUGUAUCCGAGCGGCCCGGCGGAGGGAGUGGGGCUCGGGGAAAGCUUGUCGAUCCACGGCAGCACGGAGAAGCUGAGCUCCUCCGCCGUGAAUCGCAUCCUGAUGGAGUUCCUGAUGUACUUUGGCAGAGCCAUGUUGGUCUUUUACCCCGUGUAUCUGACGGGAUACCUGGGCCUCAGUGUCAGCUGGGUGCUGCUGUGCAUGAUGAUGGUCUCCUGGUGGAAGAAGAAUCGCCAGUGGAAAGAGGCCCGGAUCGGAACCGCCAUCGACUUUGUGGACAAUGAGACACAUUUGGUCAACAGGGAGCUGAAAAGUGCCUUACAAAUGGCAUCAUGGGUCCACUUUCCUGAUGUUGAGAAAGUUGACUGGGUUAACAAGGUGUUGGAGCAGGCCUGGCCUUUCUUUGGUAUGUACAUGGAGAAGCUCCUUAAAGAAAAAAUCCAGGCGUCCGUCAGGCUCUCCAACGCCGCGCUCAAAACAUUCACUUUCACCAAGGUCCACUUUGGACGCAUACCUCUCAAGAUCACUGGGAUGAAAGCGUACACACAUGAAGUGGAUCAGAGGGAGGUGGUUCUGGACUUGAAUAUAAGUUAUGAAGGCGAUGUGGACAUCGACGCUGUGGUGAAGGAGCCGAUCACAGCUGGUGUCAAAGGAGUACAACUCAAGGGGAUGCUGAGGGUCAUUUUAGAGCCGCUCAUUGGUGAUGCGCCACUGGUGGGAGGAGUCACCUUCUUUUUCAUUCGCUGCCCUACCCUGCAGAUCAACUGGACUGGCAUGACCAACCUUUUGGACAGCCCUGCCUUCAGUUCGUUGUCCGAGGAGACCAUCAUGGACAUUAUCGCCUCGCUCAUGGUGCUGCCCAACCGCAUGUGUAUACCCCUCAUAGACCAGGUCAAAGUAGACCAGAUGAGGUUCCCACUACCUCGUGGUGUGGUGAGGGUUCACUUGCUGGAGGCCAAGGACCUGGUGGCUAAGGACACAUACAUGAUGGGUUUAGUGAAAGGCAAAUCAGACCCCUAUGUAAAACUCAGAGUCGGCAACCGAAAAUUCAAAAGCAAGACCAUCAAAGAGAAUCUGAACCCCACAUGGAAUGAAGUGUAUGAGUUUGUGGUCCACGAGGCCCCGGGGCAAGAGUUGGAGUUGGAGCUAUACGAUGAGGACACAGACAAAGAUGACUUCCUUGGAAGGUAUAAUCUCGAUUUGGGAGAAGUGAAGAAGGAGAAAGAAAUGGAUCGGUGGUUUCCUCUGGAAGGGAUCCAGAAUGGAGAAGUUCACCUCAAGCUCCAGUGGUUUUCCCUUAAGGAUGACCCCAGCCUGCUGACGGAGUCCUCCGACGGCUUUGCUUGUGCUAUGCUCGCGGUGUAUCUGGACAACGCGUCAAACCUACCAAAAGACCACCGUGAGAUCACAGAGAAUCAUAAACACGGGAAGCACUCAAAGGAAGCCCGGCUCACAAAGAGAGCUGCCUGCCCCAACUCCUUCGUGGAAUUUUCCAUUGAUAAAAACGUUCAAAAAAGCAAGGUUGUGUAUGCAAAUAAAGACCCGGUGUGGGAGGAGGGCUUUAACUUUUUUGUGCAUAAUAUCAAAACACAGCAGCUCUGUGUUCAGGUCAAAGAGCCUGAGAAGAAGACUCAGCUUGGCAUUCUCAACUUGCCCCUGAGUCGCCUCCUCAACAGCUCCAACAUGACUGUAGACCAGCGCUUCCUGCUGGAACAGUCCGGAGCUAAAAGCGAGAUCAAGCUGAAAGCCACUCUUAGGAUUCUUACUGUGGAAAAGCCUCCACCCAAGAUUAUCCUCGACCCUCCUCCACAACCCAAAAAGCCAGGACCACAGACCAACCAAGGAGGUAAAGCCCCUGAAUCCACUCCCGCACUUUCCUCCAACGCUGCCCAAGCCUCAUUUCCGACCCAGGCGGCUGAUUCCCAGAAUGGCUAUAGUGCAGACUAUUCAACCCAACGCCGUGGCUCCUUCCUGGCUUCUGAAACCUGGCACCCAUCUCCUUCCCCAUCAAACAUUCGUCGGUUUGACUCCCACAGCCUGCUGUCAGAGAACUCCAUCGCUUCGUCACGUUUCGACCUUUCAGAGGGAGCAUCGUAUCCAGAGGCCAUCAGGAAUCAUCAGGGUUCGUUUGGGGAGAUCCACCUGACUGUACGCUAUGCCACCUUGAGGAAGAAACUCAUUGUCUUGGUCGACUCCUGCAGGAACUUAUUCUCCUGCAGUGAGAAUGGCACAGACUCUUACGUCCGCCUGUAUUUGCUCCCUGACCAAUCCUGGAGACACCGCAAGAAGACGCAUGUCAAGAAGAGGACAGUCGACCCUGUCUUCAAUGAAAAGUUUGAAUUUGAUUUGGAACUUGAAGACGUAAAAAACAGGAAGUUGGACGUGGCAGUGAAAAACAACAAGAUGUUCUACACACGGGAGAGAAAGGACAUUGGCAUGGUGAUGAUCGAUUUUUCACGGUUGGAUAUAGCCAAAGGCAUCACACAGUGGUUUGAGCUCACAUUGCCUGGGCUGAAGAAAUCCAGCUAGCAGGCAGAGUUGUAAAACAUCUGUUUGCAGACUAAAGAGCAGCUCCUCAACCACAGCAAGGCCAAAUGCGGGCCAAAUAAAUGCUUUGGAGAGUUGCAUAUUCCUUUGUCUUCCUUAUCAUCGCCGACCAGAGUUGCGUUUGCCAAAAGCAGAUAUUGUAUGUCCAACGUGAUCUGCCGAGGUACAUACAGAUUCACACCUACUGAAGGUCUUACUUGGAAUAAAAUGUUUAUGUGCAGCUUAUCUACUUACAGAUAUCCCCCACGAUUUCACAAAAAUAUUCAGAAUAAAAUAUACUGUUAUAAAUUAUCUUUAAAGCAUGCUUCGAUAUCUCAGAGAUCAUUUAAUGAUCCAAUUUAUUACAAGUUAUUUGGGGUGACAAGCAGAAACCACAUUAUCCUGAAUAAUAAUGCUACGGCUCAUCAUUUAUUUUUAUAGAAAAAGAGAAUGUAAUUCAUCAGAAAGUGUAUUUCUACCCUAUCACAAACAAGAUGACGUGUUUAUUUUGGAUAUUUUAUUUAGAGGUUUGGAUUUUUAGUUGAUCUGAGCCAAAGCUAUCCUUUUGUAUUUCCAUGUAAAUAAUUGUAUUGAUAGUUUGUAUGUAAUAUAGGAAAGGAAACAAAGGAAAAGCCAAGUUUGUUUGUUGCAGGAGACCCAGCGAGUCACUGCAUGCUGAGGAAGGGUUACACGCUUCAGCUCCAACAAUACAUUUUUGUAGGUAUUUUGUAGACUACCUAUGUUGCUGUUCAACUGUUUAGAUAUUCAAUCUGUUGUCCAUUUAAAUUAUUCAGUUGCUGAAGAAUUUAAGAAAUGUUUCUGGUGUUUUUGAAUAAAACUAAAUGAUUGUAAAAUGUGUUUCCAUGUGGCAAAUAAACAAUUUAAUGCCAAUAAA